GCUUAUCUCAGUACUGUCAACUAAACCGGUCUGUUAAACCAGUUCUUUUGUCAUUCAUCGGCGGACUCCGUUGAGGGCUUGUGUGGACUUUAAAUAGCCUUCAGUAAAAAUCACGGUAGUUUGCACAUGACUUGACAAAACUGCCGUCAUGAAUCGGACGCUUCUGCGGAUUUUGCUUCUCACAGUGCUGUGUUCGUUUGCGCGAAAUGAAACGAUCAAUCCAGCUAUCGCUGAUGAGCAGCUGCUCUGGGUCGGUGGUCAAACUGGAGAAGUUCACACCUACAGAAUUCCCCUGCUCACCUUCACAACUAAAGGAAGUCUCCUGGCUUUCGCAGAGGCCCGGAAGCUGUCCUUCAAAGACAUCGGAGCCAAGUUCAUAGCUUUACGACGCUCAGCAGACAGAGGAGCCACCUGGUCUCCCACCUCAUUCAUAGUGGAUGAUGGUGCUCUAGCAGAUGGGUUGAAUUUAGGUUCGGUUGUUGUGGAUGAAGAGACUGGUGCUGUGAUACUCAUCUACUCAUUGUGUUUCCACCGUUAUCACUGCAAGCCCUCCAGGACCAUGAUGGUGCAGAGCUUAGAUGACGGGUUGACCUGGAGCGCCCCACGAAACCUUGACCAUCAACUGGGGGUCAUGAGUUUUGCUCCGGGACCAGGCUUCGGUAUACAGAAACGUCAUCCACCUGCAGUUGGGCGUCUGGUGGUGUGUGGCCACGGCAGCAUCGCUGGAGACGGAGUGUUUUGCAUCCUGAGUGACGAUCAUGGAAACACAUGGAGAUACGGAGCUGAACUGAAGAGCAUCCCCUACAACCAGCGCAAAAACAACCUUGACUUUGAACCAGAUGAGUGUCAGCCAGUGGAGCUGGAUGACGGCAGCAUCAUGAUUAAUGUGCGCAACAAUAAAAACUAUCACUGCCACUGUCGUAUGGUUGUACGCAGUCUGGAUGGAGGAGAGUCUCUGCCGGUGGAGCACCUGGUGUUUGAUCACACGCUGGAGGAUCCUUCGGUUGCAGCUGGAGCUUUAGUGAAGGAAGGAGUGCUUUACUUCACCAACCCAGCCAACACUAACAGCAGAGUGAACCUCACUCUUCGCUGGUCUCUGAAUCACGGGAAAUCAUGGGUGAAAGAUACUCUGAAGAUCUGGGCCGGGCCAAGUGGAUACUCUUGUAUGACGUCACUUAAAGGCAAUGAAACUGCGGAUCAUAAAUACAUCUAUGUCAUCUUUGAGAAAGGCCAAAAAGACUAUUAUGAGUCCAUCUCCUUUGUAAAAAUUGACCUGUACAGCAACCAAUGAAGAAAGUCACUGACGAGCUGUUUUAUUUUAGAAAAAGAAGAAGCUUGAUCAAGUUGCUCAAUUUUGAAAAUGAAUAUAUAGCUUUCAUUAGCUGGUGAAAUUAAUUGUCAGUCUUGGCUUCUUGAUUUUUUAAAAUAUUGUUUUAAUUUGUCUUACCACAUUUUCUUUAAUAAUAAAAAAAUAAAAUAAUUAAAUAAAAAAAACAUGAUAUAUAUUCAUUGUUUUUAUUUUUUAACCUCAAAGCAACUAAUUAAAUUUUUACAUAAAUAAGUGUUAUUCUUUUUAAUCAAACUAAUAAAUAAAUAAAUGAAAAGACUUGUCCAAACCAAUCUAAAUAGUGAACUCUGCUAGGAAAAAAAAGACAUGAAAAUUGCAAGAUGAAAAUGCAUUUUGUGACUAUGGCCAGAGUCCAUAGACAGAUCUCCUAUUUCAAAACAAAUUACUAAAACAAUUAUAAAUUAUACAUUCACAAUGUCUAAAGUUAUUUUAAAAAUUGUUAGAAUUUAUGUUGAUUUUGAAAUAAUUAUUAAGGUAGAAUUGUGUGUGUGUGUGUGUGUAAGUAUGUGAGCGUGUUCUGCAUUUUAAAAUAAAUAAAGUUUUGAUCUGACCAAAGAAUUAGGUUAAUGUGAACCAAGCAAUGUCACUCUUCCAUCUUUUAUAUUGACCAUAGUAAAUGAGGUCACUAGCUACAGAAGUCCAGCAGAUUGGUGGCCGAUUGGAUAUAGAGAAAACAAAGCACUACUCCUUAAAGCUGCAUUGCUGAUUUUAUUAAAUGCAGAAAACAAGACACAGCUAAUUUAAAAACAAAAAUAUUAGAAAAAAACAACCAACACAAUAACCGUUUAUUUACUGAGAAUCUUCUGACAUCUCAGUUUUCAAUUAAGAACCAAAUUUACAAAUUACCACUACUAGUAAUAGCAAAAAUUACUGAAUUACAGCUAAACAAUAGCCCAAAAACAUACUGGACACUUAAGCCACAAUUGAAAAUGUACAAAUGUAGGCUAUGUAGAUUCUAAAGCAAAAUAUCAAAGCAAAUGCAAUUUUGUUGAAAGAAACAAAGCCCAGGCACACUUCCACAAAAACAUUUUUUUUUUUAAAUUUCAAAAUAUGAAGCUAUACACAAAUUACAGACCCAUUUCUAAUAUUCCGUUUAUGUCUAAAAUUUUAAAGUUGUAUCUGCUCAACUGUGUUUUCAGUCAGGUUUCAGGCCCUAUCAUAGCACAGAAACUGCACUUGUUAAAAUCACUAAUGACUUCUUGCAUCAGACCAAGGCUGCAUCUCGUUGCUAGAUUUACUUGAUCUUAGUGCUGCAUUCAACACUACAGAUCAUGACAUACUAAUAGAUCGACUACAAAACUAUGCGGGUAUCCAAGGGCAGGCUUUAAGAUGGUUUAGAUCCUACCUGUCCGAUCGCUACCACUUUGUUUUCUAAACGGAGAGUCAUCUCAAUUAUCACCAGUAAAGUAUGGAGUGCCACAAGGAUCUGUCCUAGGUCCUCUGCUAUUUUCAAUAUACAUGCUGCCCCUUGGUAAUAUUAUUAGAAAAUACAGGAUUAGUUUCCAUUGUUAUGCUGAUGAUACUGAACUACAUAUCUUAACAUGACCAGAUGAAACUUCUAAAUUAUCGAAGUUAACAGAGUGUGUUAAAAAUGUAAAAGAUUGGAUGACCAAUAAUUUUCUCUUAAGACAGAGAUAUUACUUAUUGGACCAAAAAACAGAAUCACAGAAUCUCUUGGCUUACAAUUUACAACUAGACAGAUGAACUGUUACUUCCACUACAGUCAAAAGUCUGGGUGUUAUAUUAGACAGCAACUUGCCUUUUGAAAAUCACAUUUCUCAUGUUACAAAAACAGCAUUCUUCCAUCUUAGAAACAUUGCCAAGCUACGAAACGUUACCUGUUUCUGACGCAGAAAAGCUAGUUCAUGCAUUCAUGACCUCUACACUGGACUAUUGUAACGCACUACUAGGUGGUUGUCCUGCAUCUUCUAUAAACAAGCUACAGGUAGUCCAAAAUGCAGCUGCUAGAGUCCUUACCAGGUCAAGAAAAUAUGAUCAUGUUACCCCAAUUUUAAAGUCUCUGCACUGGCUACCUACUGUAUUAGGUUCCGCAUCAGCUACAAAAUAUUACUUCUUACCUAUAAGGCCCUUAAUGGUUUAGCUCCUGCGUACCUAACUAGUCUUCUACCACGCUACAAUCCAUCACGCUCCCUAGGUCGCAAAACUCUGGACUUUUGGUAGUUCCUAGGAUAGCAAAGUCCACUACAGGAGGUAGAGCUUUUUCACAUUUGGCUCCCAAACUCUGGAACAGCCUUCCUGAUAACGUUCAGAAAUCAGACACACUCUCUCUGUUUAAAUCUAGAUUAAAGACUCAUCUUUUUAGCCAAGCAUUCGAAUAAUGCAUCUCAUAAACUUUUACUGCAGUUAUAUCUGAUCAAAUGCACAUUAUUAAUCUUUUAGGUCUGGUUGAACAAAUCUUUCUUUGCUUGGUUUGAACAGCAGCUACGCUAAUUAUGUUCCUAUUUGUUCUCUGUUUUUGCCAUGGGAUUGACAUCCCGUGGUAACUAGGAAUUCACAAGCUUCUGGAUCCAGAACACUUAAGAAGAGAUGAUGCCAACCCCACAGAGGACUUAAGAUGAUGCCAACCCUGAAACAACAUACAGCACUACAGAAUUCUGCUACUAAUUUAUAGUGUUCUUUGUCUGUUUGAUUACAACAUUAAUUGAUCUUUAUCACACAUCUCUGCCA